CAUGGACAUCUGUUUAUCGAUCGCGAUUCGACAAUAUUCCCUCUGAUUUUGAACUACCUACGAGAUGGUAACAUUCCGUUGCCACGCGAUGAGUACUACUUGGAAAGGAUCCUCAGAGAAGCGAGGUUCUACAAACUGCACGGUCUAUGCUGUGAUAUCGAAAAGAAGAUUGAGUUUGGUGCAAAGCAAAAAACCAGAGAAGCUCCGAAGACACCUCAUGGAGACACCCAAGGACCAAGUCAAAUAUUGGUAGUACCAAGCCAAAUGCAGGGCAAGGGCCCAAUUCCAUCGUUAGCAUCGAAAAUUAUAGAGAUAAGUCCUGAUAUAUUCAAAAACGCAGGUCCGAUUCACAAAUAUAUCCUGACUAUACCCACGUGUAGCGCGGUUGUCGAAGGUCUACCAGGACGCAUAUCAGAAGAGCGUACCCGUACGCCGUCAAAAUUCGAUGAAGCAUUUCCGUCACCGCCGCACUCAUUCACAGAUAAAUCACUUGCCGAUAGCGAGGUGGCUGAAGGAGCGCUUUUGUACGUCUCAUAG